UGCCAGGGAAACGAAACUGGUCCGAAGGAGGAGAAACAAAAGCCAGGGAAGUCGCUGGGUUUUAGUGGAAGUUUGCGUUGGAAGUCGGCUGCUCUGGCCAUGGGCUCUCUCGGCUACGUCCGAUCGUGGGACCUGGACAAGUUCCACCACGACCACUUGCAGCCCAACGAGGAGUUCCUGCAAAAGGCGCGCCGAGCCAUCCACUCCAUCUGCGAGUUUCUUAAGGCGCCCUGCUUCAAGGAUGGGCCCAGGAGCGAUAUUAAGGUGCAGAAGGUAGUGAAGGGAGGAUCACUGGGAAAAGGCACAUCCAUGAAAAACGGGUCAGAUGCCGACCUGGUGCUGUUCUUGAACAUCUUCAAAAGUUACACCGACCAGGAAGAGGACCGGAAGGGGAUCAUUGAGGAGAUCGAAAGGCGGCUCGACGAAUGGCAGAAGGAGCCCUACAAGUUAGAUGUUGACGUGGGGUUGUUAUUGGACCUUCUCAAAAGUUACAGAGACCUGGAAAAGGAUCCAGAGGAGAUCACUCAGAAGAUUAGAAUGUGGCUCCAGGAAUGCAAGAAGGAGCUGUAUUUGUCAGAUGCUGACCUGGUGCAGUUAAAUAACUUCUUCAAUAGAUACUUAAAGAUGGAAAAGGACCGGAUGAUGAUUAUUAAGGAGAUCGAAUGGUGGAGGAACAAAGGCUGGUCGGAGCCAUAUUUCUCAAAUGCUGACCUGCAGCUUUUAUUAAACCUUUACAAAAGAUACAGAGACAAGGAAGAGGACCGGAUGAGGAUGACUGAGGAGAUCAAACGGUGCCAGAAAAAGCCACAUUUCUCAACUCGUGACCUGUUUUUAUUAUUGGAUAGUCUCCAAAGAUACACAAGCAUGGAAGAGGACCAGAUGAUGAUUAUUGAGGAGUUUGCAAAGUGGCGGAACAAUGGCUGGAGGAAGCCCUAUUUGUCAGAUGCUGACCUGGAGUUCUUACUGGACCUUCUCCAAAGAUACACAGAGCAGGAAGAGGAGCAGAAGAUGAUCUUCAAGGAGAUGAAAAGGUGGUUCAAACAAUGCAAGAAGAAUUUGCGUUUGGAACUUAUAUUUGAGACGUCCAAGUGGCCCAACCCUCGGGUGCUCCAGUUCAAAAUACGUUCCAAAAAAUCCGUGGAUUUCAUUGACUUUGAUGUCCUGCCGGCCUACGAUGCCCUAGGCCAAUAUGACGGCUCCAGGCCUGACCCUCGGAUAUACGUCGAUCUGAUACUCACAGGCAAAAGUGGCGAGUUCUCUCCCUGCUUCACGGAGCUGCAAAGGGAUUUCAUUAAGGAGAACUCCAAGCUGAAGAACCUCAUCCGCCUGGUGAAACACUGGUACAAAGAGGUGGAGGAGAAGUCAUUCCCCCCGAAGUAUGCCCUUGAGCUACUAACGGUCUACGCCUGGGAGCAAGGAAGUAGACAGGACGAGUUCGACAUGGCAGAGGGAUUCCAGACAGUGCUUUGGCUCAUUGAGCACUAUGAGGAGAUUCGCAUCUAUUGGACAAAAUACUAUGAUUUUGACAAUGAGAUCAUCAAGCAGUAUUCACAGGCCCAACUCUGUAAAAAGAGGCCAGUGAUCCUUGAUCCAGCAGAUCCAACCGCAAAUGUCGGAGAGGCAAAAGGCUGGGAUCGGCUUGCAGAAAAGGCGAAAUCUUACGCAUCCAUGACUUGCUGUCGGAAACGAGAUGGUUCUUUGGUUGAACCCUGGAAUGUGCCGCCCAACAAGGAGUUUCUGCGAAGGGCCGGCGAGGAGAUCGAGCGCAUCUGCGACUUUCUCAAGAGACGCUGCUUCCAGGAUGCGCCCUGGAGUGGCCUGAAGGUGGUGAAGGUGGUGAAGAGGUUCAUCCAUGCGAUUGCAAGGGAGCUCAGCGAAUGGCGUUUCUCACAUCGUGACUGGGAUCUGUUAUGGCAUCUAAUCAAAAGUUACAUAGACCAGGAAAAGGAUUGGAAGAAGAUCUUUGAGGAGACUGAAAGGCAAGUCAUCAAUCGGCAGAUGAAGCCGUAUUUGUCAGAUGCCGACCUGGUGCUGUUCUUGAACAUCUUCAGAAGUUACACAGACCAGGAGAAGGAUCGGGAGGGGAUCAUUCAGGAGAUCGAAAGGCGGCUCGACGAAUGGCAGAAGGAGCCCUACAAGUUAGAUGUUGACGUGGGGUUGUUAUUGGACCUUUUCGAAAGUUACAGAGACCCGGAAAAGGAUCCGAAGGAGAUCACUCAGAAGAUUAAUAUGUGGCUCCGGGAAUGCAAGAAGGAGCUGUGUUUGUCAGAAGCUGACCUGGUGCCAUUCCAUCACAUCUGGGAGACAUACAAAGAGCAGGAAAAUGAUCGGAAGAGGCUCAUCCAGGAGAUUGCAAGGUGGCGGAAGGAAGGCCGGGGGGAACCCUAUCUGUCAAAUGCUGACCUGGGGUUGUUAUUGGACCUUCUCAAAAGAUACACCGAGAAGGAAAAGCAGCAGAACGUGAUCUUCAAGGAGACGGAAAGGUGGUUCAACCAAUGCAAGGAGAACAUGCGUUUGGAACUUAUAUUUGAGAAGUCCAAGUGGCCCAACCCUCGGGUGCUCCAGUUCAAAUUACGUUCCAAAAAAUCCGUGGAUUUCAUUGAAUUUGAUGUCCUGCCGGCCUACGAUGCCUUAGGCCAAUAUGACGGCUCCAGGCCUGACCCUCAGAUAUACGUCGAUCUGAUACUCACAGGCAAAUGUGGCGAGUUCUCCUCCUGGUUCAUUGAGCUACUAAAUUUCAUCAUUAAUCGUCCAACCAAGUCUGGCGCGUUCUCUCCCUGCUUCACGGAGCUGCAAAAGGAUUUCAUCGUGGACCGACCCAGCAAGUUGAAGAGCCUCAUCCGCCUGGUGAAAUACUGGUACAACGAGGUGCAGGAGAAGUCAUUCCCCCCGAAGUAUGCCCUUGAGCUACUAACGGUCUACGCCUGGGAGGAAGGAAGUGGACAGUACCAGUUCGACACGGCAGAGGGAUUCCGGACAGUGCUUUGGCUCAUUGAGCACUAUAAGGAGAUUCGCAUCUAUUGGACAAAAUACUAUAAUUUUGACAAUGAGGUCAUCAAGCGGUAUUUACAGGGCCAACUCUGUAAAAAGAGGCCAGUGAUCCUUGAUCCAGCAGAUCCAACCGCCAACCUCGGGAAGGCAAAAGGCUGGGAUCGGCUUGCAAGAAAGGCAAAAUCUUACGCUGCCAUGAAUUGCUGUCGGAAUCGAGAUGGUUCUUUGGUUGAACCCUGGAAUGUGCCGGCGCUGACUCUGAACGUGAAGCUUCUGACCGGCCAGGUCCACUCCCUGGUUUGCGCCCCCAGCCAAACCGUCUGGGAGUUCAAAACCCAAGUGGGGCGCCAGAGCGGGGUGCCCCCCUAUCAGCAGAAGCUGGCAUGCUCGAACGGUGCCCACCUGGACCUCCGGGAUAACGCCCCGCUGGCCGACUACGGGCUGCGCACCGGGGACACCCUCCUGCUGAUGGUGAAGAGCGAGGAGUCCAUCCCGGUUCUGCUGAAGAACGCCAACAACCGGACCAACACUUACCACGUCCUGCCAUCCAACACGGUGGCGCAGUUCCGAGCCCAGAUCUGCGCGCAGGAAAGGAUCCAAAACGAGCAGUUCUACCUGGUGUACGACAGCCAGUCCUUGGAGGAUGGGCGCAAACUCUCCGAUUACAACAUCUGCCCCGGGAGCACCGUUACUCUGAAUCUACGCUUGAGGGGUGGGUGGGGUGGGCGAGGGGAUUUGAAUUGAUCUUGCACCCCACCCCACCUCCCGUUCCCCAUCCCAACUUCUGUUCCGUUACUCUUUCCUUGCGAUCCUGUACCUUCGACCAAGAUUUUUUUCUCUCCUUCGGUGUUAGGAAUCCAGAAUUGUGUUAUGUAGCUCUCCGUUUACCUCGACCCAGCUGUGAAAUAACAAGUUGGACAAAUUAAAACAAAUAAAUUUUUUCCAGUAAAAAGA